AUGAAUUUAGCAGAGAUUUGCGAUAAUGCCAAAAAAGGAAGAGAAUAUGCACUCCUUGGGAAUUACGACUCUUCUAUGGUAUAUUACCAGGGUGUCAUCCAGCAAAUCCAGAGGCAUUGCCAGUCGAUCAGAGAUCCAGCAAUUAAGGGCAAAUGGCAGCAGGUGCGACAAGAAUUAGUUGAAGAAUAUGAACAAGUUAAAAGCAUUGUCAACACUUUAGAAAGUUUUAAAAUGGACAGACGUGCAGAUAUCCCUGUUUCCUGUCAAGACGAGCCUUUUAGAGAUCCCGAUGUUUGGCCCCCUCCUGUUCCAGCUGAACACAGGGCUCCACCUCAGAUCAGACGUCCCAGCAAAGCUCUGAGGAAAGAAUCGCCAGGACUGCAGCCUCGUGGGCCUGUGGGCAGAGCACAUAUGGUAUCCAAGGGCGAGAAGCCUGCAGGCAGCCGCGAAAGGGAAUCUAGAGCUAGAGGAAGAGAUGACAAGGUAAGAAGCGGGGAGGAGUUUGGUGAUGGGGAAAUUCCAAAAUUUGAUGGAGCGGGUUACGACAAAGACUUGGUCGAAGCUCUUGAAAGGGACAUUGUGUCAAGGAAUCCAAGCAUUCAUUGGGACGACAUAGCAGAUUUGGAAGAAGCCAAGAAAUUAUUAAGAGAAGCUGUUGUUCUUCCAAUGUGGAUGCCUGAUUUUUUCAAAGGGAUCAGAAGACCUUGGAAGGGCGUGCUGAUGGUUGGUCCUCCUGGCACUGGCAAAACAAUGCUAGCAAAAGCUGUUGCUACAGAAUGCGGAACAACAUUCUUCAACGUGUCUUCCUCUACCCUGACAUCUAAAUACAGGGGCGAGUCUGAGAAGCUGGUCCGCCUCUUGUUUGAAAUGGCGAGGUUUUAUGCUCCAACAACAAUCUUCAUUGAUGAGAUCGAUUCCAUCUGCAGCCGCAGAGGCACAUCCGAUGAACAUGAGGCGAGUCGCAGAGUCAAGUCUGAGCUGCUUGUGCAAAUGGACGGGGUAGGUGGUGCUCUGGAAAGUGAUGACCCUUCCAAGAUGGUUAUGGUAUUAGCUGCUACAAAUUUUCCCUGGGAUAUUGAUGAAGCUCUCCGACGAAGACUGGAGAAGAGGAUUUAUAUACCUUUGCCCACAGCAAAAGGCAGAGCAGAACUACUUAAGAUUAAUCUUCGGGAAGUAGAACUAGAUCCUGAUAUCAGCCUUGAAGAAAUUGCUGAGAAGAUUGAAGGCUAUUCUGGUGCUGACAUCACUAAUGUUUGCAGGGAUGCCUCUUUAAUGGCAAUGAGACGACGUAUUAACGGCUUAACUCCAGAAGAGAUUCGUGCGCUUUCUAAAGAGGAGCUUCAAAUGCCAGUUACCAACGGGGACUUUGAGUUGGCUUUGAAGAAAAUCUCCAAAUCUGUUUCUGCUGCAGACCUGGAGAAGUAUGAAAAAUGGAUGGUGGAGUUUGGAUCUGCUUGAUCUCAGUGACAGAUCUCCUUCGCUAGAGUUUUAUGGGUUUUGUUGUUUUCACUUGCAAAAUGAGUUAGAAAUCUUUAAGGGUUUAAUAAAAGGUCUGCCUGUGCCCCCAUCCCACCCCUUUCUGGUGACAUGAUCUUUUAAACUUCAUUUGCCUUUAUAGGGAGUGAACACAAUAAUGAGCUGAUAUUGUAAAAGAUUUUUUUAUCUCUGAAAUAGUAAAAUAAUACAAACAGGAAGGGAAAAAUUAUACUUGUGAGGAUAAUCUUUUUAUUUUUCCAAUGAAGAGAAGUGUUACUUAACCUCCUCAUAGUCAUCUUUUAUGGCUGGAAUCAAUAAAUCAGCUGGGGAAUGUGACU